CCAAGCUUGCGGGCAGGCGUGCGCCGUUUCUGGAACGAUUGCGAACCCCAGCAGCAGGGUCAAGGGCAAGGGAAUAACGGACAACAAGGGAGUUAUGGUUUCUUUUGAGAUCUUGUCAUACGCGCUUGUCGAGAUCAACUCGAUCCAGGCAAGCGGUACGGACGAGCACACAGAACCGCGUGUGUUCGCCAGACAGCUGCGAAGGCCCAAGCGGUACUACCGCAAGGACGAGUCGCUUGGCACGACAUGACAGCGAAUAUUUUGACGCGGCAGUGCCGAAUAUGGGGUGGGCUCAUUGCAUUGAUAGAGGCAGUUCCAGGACGAAAAAGUGCCACUUACCGAGUCAUGUCCGGGCUCUUCUUUGAAUUGGCGAGGAGCCUGGCGAUGUUGAGCCAUCGUCAAUCCCAUUGAGAACUGCCUCGACCGGCUUGUCGUUCGUUUUCCUGUGCUUGCCUGGAGGUGUCAGCCAGGUAGAUCCAGGCGCGUGAAGGGGAGCUAGACGUGUCUUGGGCUGUCGGCUGAUGAUAGCGAUCCGGGAACCGUGGAACUUUUGUUGAUCGCCCCCAAGGUCUUCCUCGCAAGUGUGGCCAGAAAACCAGGUUUCCACUACAAUCCGUGCGCUCCCGACGCGACCUGUUCGCCUAUCCCGGUGCUAAGACGCGCUCCGGGCUCCCGCAUUGGAUAUAGACGGCGAAAAGCUGUCGAGAAUGGGUCGCGGAGACAACCACGUUUCCUUUGGCGAUUCUCUCGCUUCGGUGUCGGUGGUGGC